GACCUGAAUUGUCAAGGAUGGUACGUUUUUGCUGUGGAUUCGCUCAGACCUCUGGAUUGUAAUGGGCUAGCUGUGUCUCCGUGGAUUGUACAGAACGAUGGCACAUCCGGAGAAGUUGCGCUUGCGGAGGUCUUUCAGUGAACAUGUCAGGGUCUCCACCAACAAAGCGUGGGAUGUGUUCUGGAAGAGCGCACGAGAAAAGCGCUUAUCAGAAAUUGAGGCCAAGGAAGCCUGUGAGUGGCUGAAGGCUGCUGGUUUCCCUCAGUAUGCUCAAAUGUUUGAAGAUAUGCAAUUCCCUAUUGAUAUCAAAACUGUGAAGAAAGAUCAUGAAUUUUUAGAUCAAGAUGCGAUAGACUCCCUGUACAGGCGGUUAAAUACAUUGAAUAAAUGUGCAACAAUGAAAGUGGAAAUAAAUCGGCAAAGGAAGCGGAGCGAUGAAUCUGAAGAGGAUGAACCUUGCGCACUAAGUAACAAAUGGACUUACGAAAAGUGUACUCAGAGAUGGUCUCGCCUUGAUAGUUUAGAAGGUUUUGGAGCUUCAGUUGCUGACAGUUUGAGGCUUAAGAGCAUUGGCAGUGGGGACAUAGCUUUUUCUGACCAUGGGGAGAGAAACGAUGAGUGUUCAGUUCACAGCACUAGCAGUGGCGAUAGCGAUUUAAUCAGCUUUCCAAAGACUUUUGAGGAGGUGGAGACUAGCAGGAGUUCGUCCACGGGUUCCUCAAACAAAUUGACAUCCCCUGAUUCUACCUUCAGCUGCUCUUCAUCUCCUGGUGAAACCUUGAAUAUGAUCCGUGAGGACAAGCUUUUGGAUAAACCGUCCAACAAAAAGGGAAGGAGCUUCCUAAAGAAGAUGGAGAAGCUGCGCAUACGCAGCAGCAGUCUAAAGAGAGAACCCAGCUCAAAGGCCAAGCCCGUUAUCAGUGAGCCUGUUCUCUUAGAGGGAUUAACUGAAGAAAAGCUGAGAAACCUCAACUGUGUGAAUAUCAGUGAUAUGUCCAGCAGCCAGGGUGUUCCGUCCUCUUCUUACUCACCGCAGACCUGCAGUAGCAGCAGCCAGUCUGAAAACAGCAGCACAGUGAGCACCCCAAGUCCCGUUAUCAAGGCCAGGAGGCACAGUAACAGAGGAGGGGCCUACGCAGAGGGCUUUGAUGCCAGCAAGCUUUCCGUGUGGAAUGAUCUCUCCGAGCAUAACUUGAAAAAUGAGAUACAUUUGCAUGAAAACAAAGUAUUUCAAGUACCACAAGGCCAUAAGCCUGGGACAUUCCCCAAAGCACUGACUUACAGCCUUUUAUCUCCCCUGGACAACACUGCUGUUAACUGGAGAACUGGGAGUUUUCACGGGUGCCGGAGAAAUAGGGUUCACUUGGGUUCUCAAGACUCUGAAACACCGCCUGGCUCGCUUUCCUUGAUAGACAACAGACUGAGCAUAUAUGACAACGUGCCUGGCAUUCCUGCCCAUAUUAACAAAAUGGAUGCACCAGAGACGGGAGAUGACGACGUUUUUACAGAACUAGACAAUGUUAUGGAACAUGUUAACGGGCUCAGGAAGUUGGUCAGUCAAUGGUCAGAGAAAUUCUCUGACGAUGGGGACUCAGACUCUGCCACUCAUUCCAACCAAUCCACCUCUCCGUGCCCAUCGUCCCCUAAGGAGAUCCGUCUGGAGAUUAAAAAGCAUCCUGAGGACAAAUUGGCAGAACUGCCUGUCAUUGAUGGAGAAGAUGACUGCAAGAGUACCAGUGAGCAUUGCCUUGCAGAACUGGCAUAUGUAACGGAGUCAGGGAUUAGACUGACACCAGCAUGUUCCGACAGACCUGUGGGAAGAUACUGGUCUACUGAGGAAGGCAUGAAUUUGGAAAAUCUUUCUGUACACAUUGACAGCCAGUCAGCAGCCCACCUAAACCGAAUACAGAAACUUGCUUUGUUAAAACUGACUUCUUUAAUGGACAGAUACACUCCUUCCAGCAAGCAAGGAUGGAACUGGACUGUUCCGAAGUUCAUUAGAAAAAUAAAAGCCCCUGAUUAUAAGGACAAAAAUGUAUUUGGAGUACCACUGUUGUUAAAUGUCCAGAGAACAGGUCAUCCACUUCCAAGGAGCAUAGUCCAAGCCAUGGACUACUUAAGAGACAAUUUUCUUGACCAGGUUGGCCUUUUCAGAAAGUCUGGUGUUAAAUCUAGAAUCCUCUCCUUACGGGAAAUGAAUGAAAAUGACCCUCACAAUGUAACUUAUGAGGGACAGUCAGCAUUUGAUGUGGCAGAUAUGGUGAAACAGUAUUUCCGAGAUCUUCCAGAACCUAUAUUCACCAGCAAGCUUUGUGAAUCCUUCCUUCACAUCUACCAAUACUUGCCAAAAGAUCAGCAAUUUUGUGCUGUCCAGGCUGCUUCUAUUCUGCUUCCAGAUGAAAAUCGUGAAGCUUUGAAAAUUCUACUCUUCUUUCUCAGGGAUGUCGUAGCUUUUGUCGAGGAAAAUCAAAUGACACCAGCCAAUCUUGCUGUCUGCCUUGCCCCAUCCUUGUUUCACCUUAAUACCCUGAGAAGAGAAAGUUCUUCAUCGUCUAGAUCCAGCCAGAGAAAAUAUAGCACUGGGAGACCUGACCAGAGAGAUCUGAGUGAGAAUUUAGCUGCAACGCAAGGCCUGGCCCACAUGAUAAUGGAGUGCCGCAGACUCUUUCAGGUACCUGACUACUGCUUUGAUGAGGGUGAUGAAGAUUUCCACAAUCUGAACAUCUCAACUGAAACAAAUCAAACCAUCCUACCAAACCAUUCUAGCACAGUGAUCUCCCUGGAACGCUCUAUGCAGGAUUUGCUCCGAGACGCCAAGGAGAAAUUCAAGAACUGGGUUGCUUGUUCCAUCAUAGAAGGUGUAGAGUCUGGUUAUAAAAAGGUGGAAGAUAACUGUUAUCUCCGUCUAUGGAAAGCUUCUGUCGAAAUUGAUGCCACCCCUAAAGCAGUUCUAAAUCGUGUACUGAGGGAGCAGCGCCUGUGGGAUCCAAGUCUUCAGCAGUCAGAGAUCCUAGAGGUUUUGGAUGAUGAUACAGACAUCUACCACUACACAACAGAGAGCAUGCCUCCACUUCCUCUACGAGACCACGUGAUCCUAAGGACUUGGCGGACUGAUCCUCAAAGUGGGACUUGUGUGUUAGCAGCUACCUCAACAGACAGUGAAGGUGCUAAAGUGAACGGUAUCCUAGCGACGGUCUUCCUGUGUCAGUACCUUAUAGAAACAGUUGGCUCCCAUAAAUCCAAAGUGACUCACGUCUGCCGAAUAGAUAAAAGGGGCCGGACACUUGAGUGGUACAGCAGGGCUUUUGGUCACAUUUGUUCUGCAGAACUGAUGAGGAUUAAAGAAUCCUUCAAAACUUCACAGUGACUUUCUGGUUUGGGAAGAGAAGGCAA